CCCAUCUUCAGGUUAGUCACGAUGAUACAGGAAAGGUCCUACCAUGAAAGAAAUGCAGAGGAGGAGGAAGGCCGUGGUUGGAACUCGCGUUUGCUGCAGUUCGCCAUCAAGCUAAAGGAGAGACCACCCAAUGAGGAAACCCACGAGCAGUAUUGGUUAGACAAGGAGGAGCGUGCUCCGGACUGGCUAGAGCUGUUCUACGAUUUAGUUAUCGUUGCCGUCCUUUCCGUCUUUUCCACCGCUCACGAAGUCUCAAGCCCACACUCUGUUCUCGUCUACUUUUCCUAUUUCGUUAUCAUUUGGUGGGUAUGGGCUUCCCAGACGAUGUACGAUGUCCACUUCCAAGCGAAUGACUGGCUCCACCGCAUCUUCAAGUGCUUGCAGCUCGCGUCAUUCAUAUUUGUCGGUGCGGGGAGUGCGAACUUUACGCCAUUCUCAGUCCUACCAAGUGACGGGCUCGAUGACGCGAGUAUCCUUAUGGAUUCACAAGCUACGAGCUGGAAGGGCGUCGCCAUUGCCUACGCUGCAGGGCGUUUCAUCCUCGUCUUGCAAUACAUGCUUGUGGCCGUUCGCGUCAUUUUCCCAAAGCUUGGUGCAGAGGUAUAUGGCGAGCGGCGUCACAUGUCUUGGGUCCUUGCUCCUGCCUGUAUCUACCUGGUCUCAGGCGUUUUCUGGCUCAUUUCUGCUCUCCUCACGACGAAUGCAGGAGCUAAAGUUGCCCUCGCUUAUUUCACCCUUGCUGUGGAGUUCCUGUCUGCCAUGGUCAUGCCCCUCGGGCCCGGUUACAUGAAGCCCCCUGCGGCAAUGAUCAGCGAACGUUUCGGUGCCCUUACCUUGAUCAUCCUCGGUGAAGGUAUCAUCGGUAUUGUGCGGAGCUUCAGCUUUGUGAUCUCCGGUUUCGGAUUCAGCAGCGAUCAAUAUCUGCAGUGCGUCUGCGCCCUGAUCGUCCUCUUUGCGUCAUGGCAUUUCUUGUUCCACGGUUUCCCGGCUGAGCGUCCCCUGAAGCGGAAAAGCGGAGCCUUGUGGCUCAUCCUCCAUCUUCCUCUUCACUUUGUGAUGCUCCUGCUCCUUUCGGGCAUGAGGAACGCGACUAUCUACGGUAAUAUCGGCGACUCCUUCGCCAACGUCGUCGGUAAUCUGCAAACGGUUGUAUCUGCGCUCGCCACGACGGGAUCACUCGACUCUGUCCCGGACGCGAACCAAUACCUGGCUAUCAACCUUGGGAAGAUCAACGUCGCGACUCCUUAUGCGGCUGAGAUCACCCUGUUGAACUCGAGUAUCAAUGACCCUACCACUUUUGGUGACCCGCAACUCGAGACUGUCGUCUACUUUGCGCAGAUCAUGGUGGCUAUCACAGACUCCUUCCAGAUCGAGCUGAGUGACGAAGUCAAGAGCCUCGCAGUCCAAGUGCUCAACUUCAACACGACUUUCGACCCGAACGAUGAACAACGGAACGAGACUCUUGCGGAGUACCAAGAGCAGUUCUUCGACUUCGGCUCAGCGUACGUGACUGACCUGGCCCAGGGCACGCUGUUUUUCGUCCCCUGCGCGGGCGGGCUGGUCAUCCUCGCUUCCCUGCUCGUGCUUCUCCGCGCCGCGCCAUUAGGCAAGUGGAUGUGGAUUGGCUGGGGGAUCCAGGUCACGUUCGCGACUGCGUUGUGCUUCCUGGGCUUCCUCGACGUGGGGAACCAGGACAUAGAUGUGAACAGCGACUACGAGUUGGCGGCAUACCAGUUGUUGGAUGCGAGUUGGAUGUUACCAGUAGUAGCGAUCGUCUUCGCCAUUCUGAUCCUGAUCGAAUAUCUCGCGCUCGUACUAGCAAAACACACCGACAUGAGGCGUCGGGCCUCCCUCGGCUCCCCCCCUUCGUCAGAAGGGUUCAUGCACCAGCACGGGAAAGAAGUGGAGCCGAAGCCUACGCCUUCUGCUGCUUCUCUCGAGCAGGGCAUUGUCGGCUCUCAGGAAAUGCGGGACGGACAGGUGCAGGGGCAGGGAGUGCAGGUACAAAGCCGCUCUACCUCCAAUAUGACUGAUUAGACGAGAAACAAGGAGAGGGAGGUGUAGAUGGGGAGCGGGCCUGGAUCUAGCGGUUCGGCUUGGGAAAAUGACUUUAACGUUCUGUGUAUAAUAGCUCUCCUCUCUAUGAUGUGAUGUGAUAUCAUUUGUCGAUGGCUAGGUUGACGAAAUU